AUGGUCGACGCCGGUGCUGGUAAAAGCUUCGGCAAACUAACACUUACGUAUUUGAACCAGAUUGAGAAUGAAAAAGGUGUCUUGAUUUGUGUUUGCACAGCUCAUCUUGGGGAGAAGACCAGCUCACCGUACUGCUCUUUUGAAGAGUUACGGGUUGCCCUAGACAACAGACUGGAUGUUCUCCCGCUGAAAGUGGCAGACGUCUACCCCCCGAAACCCCCUGGCGGUCCAAAUCACCCGUACGACAAAGAGAACAAAGCAGCGGCCUUGAUCGGAAUGGUCUUCAGACCAAACCUCGUCUACGUAGAUUGCCGCAACUUGGAUGAGAUGGAGAUUGCUCGGGAGAUCGCAAAGAAGUUGCUGGAGAAGAAGAGGAGCCUCGCCAUGCGAAGUUCGUUGUCCUUGCAAGGAUCCUUAAACCCUAUAAGCAGGAAGGAGAAGAGUCUUCAAGCACAAACUAAACACUAUGCAGGUACGUCUUACCUGCAGGCCCCGCACCUUGUCGCAAGUACAGCCGUGCCAAGGCAAGGCUCGGGACAAGGAUGA